AAUUGCCAGCAAAAUCGCCACUAAAUGUUAGUUUUUGUGAUGUUCGUUUUUCUUAGUCACGUUCAUUCGCCAUUUUGCCAGGUUUUGCCCUCCAACGCUACUGUCUGAAGGAGAGCCAACCAUUGUGAAGGAGGCCUUUCCAUUUUGCUGUCUCCUUAGCGGUGACGUUCGAAGGAAGUGAUUGCCUGGUUUUGCCCUCCGGCGCUGCUAUCCGAAGGAGAGCCUACCAUUGCGAAGGAGUUCUGUUGCUAAAGAACUCCUCUCCUCUCACCCAUUUGAGACCACCAUAGAAAGAUUCUGAAUUUUUGAUACAACAAAAUGUCUUCCCCGGCCCGAUUUUGCCCUUCAAUGCUAUUGUCUGAAGGAGAGCCUACCAUUGUGAAGGAGGCCUUCCCGUUUUGCUGUCUCCAUUCUGGCGACCGUUCGAGGGAAGUGAUUGCCCAAUUUUGCCCUCCAACACUGCUGUCCGAAGGAGAGGUUACCAUUGCGAAGGAGUUAUGUUGCCAAAGAACUCUUCUCUCCUCUCACCCAUCUGAAACCACCAUAGAAAGAUUCUAAAUUUCUGAUACAACAAAAUGUCUUCCCCGAGCAAACGCCGAGAGAUGGAUCUGAUGAAAUUGAUGAUGAGUGAUUACAAGGUAGAGAUGAUCAACGAUGGCAUGCAAGAGUUUUAUGUUGAUUUCAAUGGACCCAGUGAUAGUAAAUUUUCCACGCCAGAUGCUUUUCCCUCUUUUAUUAUGUUAUUUUCGUCGCUAAUAAUAUAUAUAAGCGUCUUCGUAUAUUUCCUUUUCUGGGUUUCUGUUAUUUUUGUGGUGAAUUUUUUGUUUCGAUCAUGUUGGCCAUCACUGGAUGUUCCAAAACGAAGGUUGCUUCUUGGUUUUGUUUGGGAUAGUAAUUCUUUUGAUCAGUUUAGAAAGACAGUAGUUGAUAUUUAUAUUUGUGUUUUACUCCUUUCCUUUGUUUACUGUGAAUUUCGGAAUGAAAUUUUAUUUUAUGUUUUAGAGUUUAAUUUAGGCUCUUAAAUUUUAAUUCUUUGGUUCAGCCAUUUGUCCAGCAAUAGAUGCUCAAAACUAUACAUUUGUUUUUUGUUCUGAUGAAGAGAAAUAAAAUAUAGGCAACUGUAAGUGUUCUAUUAAGUUGGUUUUCUUGUUAUUCGUUGUCAUUACUUUAUUAGUUUAUAAUAUGAAUUUAGAACUCUUAUAGCCAAUUGGCGCUUUUACUAUUAAUUUCUUAAGUUCUUGGUAUUGCUAUGUAGUUAUAUCAACUUUAAAUUAUUUGAUUACCCAUACUAUUCAGUGAAUUCAAGAACAUUACUUGUGGGUUGCAACAAGUCCUUAUCAAGGGGGUGUGUGGAGGAUCAGAGUAGAGCUUCCAAAUGCUUAUCCUUAUAAAUCUCCAUCAAUUGGCUUUGUUAGCAUGAUCUACCACCCCAACGUAGAUGAAAUGUGAGUUAUUGCACAUUGAUAACUAUGUGUUUUUUUUAGUGUUUUCAUUAAGUUUUGCCCGUGGGUGGUAUACAAAAUGCAUUUAUUUUUCAGCUUCACCACUUCAUUUAUAUGGUUAUCUUGAUGGUUUUAAAUUUCAAGUCAGGAUCAGUUUGUUUGGAUGUAAUCAACCAGACCUGGAGCCUCGUGUUCGGUAAAAAGUCUUAACCAUUAUUUUUGCGAUGCAUAUAGGAUUGUUAUUGCUUUGUAGAAGCAUUUUAUUGGAAAAUUUGCUGCUUUUUAAUUUUAUGGAUCAAUGCAAUUGUUCUCAGUUGUUAACAUUGAUGCUUCUUCUCAGAUCUGGUAAAUGUGUUUGAAGUGUUCCUUCCACAACUUCUUUUGUAUCCAAACCCAUCAGAUCCAUUGAAUGGAGAGGUUGUAGCUCUCAUGAUGUGUGACGAGCUGCAUAUGAACAAAGAGUCAAAGCAACAAUAGAAGUUUCUAGCUAUUUGAAAUAAUUGAGAAAAUUUCAAAUUCUCUCUACCUGAGUUCUCUUGGGGUUGAUGCUGCAAUGCUUACUUUUGAAUCCCUUUUUGAGACAUUUGAGUUUGCAAGGAAGUGGGUUCCAUUCUGUAAGAAGUUUAAUAUUGAGCCUCGGGCUCCAGAAUGGUACUUUGCUCAGAAGAUUGACUAUUUAAAGGAUAAAGUCCACCCAACCUUUGUGAGCGAACGACAUGCAAUGAAGGCUAGCGGCGAUCAGUAGGCAAGUCGGUGAGAAGGGUUCUCAAUUCUCAUCCUGGUUUGUGAUACCCAAGUCCACAGAAUUAAGUAACCAGUGGCCAAUCGGCAUCUUCACAACUCAGAAAUUUGAAAGAACCACGUAAUAUCUAGUCUGAUAUCUUUGACUCUGGAGCUGGAACUGUUAGGUUAGACUGCUAGGACCUUUAUAUAUUGAGAAUUAUCCAACUACACUAUCUGCUUUGAAUUGGAAAAGCAUUAAGCAUGGCAGUCGAGCACUCCCUUGAGCUAGCUAAUGGCUCUUGCUGUGACGAUGAUGGGCGUCAGAUGAGAACUGGAACGUAUUGGACAUGUAUUGCCCAUAUAAUCACCUCAGUUAUUGGAUCUGGGGUUCUAUCUCUGGCAUGGAGCGUUGCACAGUUGGGAUGGAUUGCAGGGCCAGUUUYCAUGCUUUUCUUUGCAUUUGUCACCUAUGUCUCUGCCUUCCUUCUAUCAGAUUGUUACAGGUCUCCUCAUUCGGUAACUGGAAGAAGAAAUUAUACUUACAUGGAUGCUGUUAAAGUGAAUCUGGGUAAAAAUCAGACAUGGGUCUGUGGGUUACUUCAAUAUCUGAGCAUGUAUGGCACUGGUAUUGCUUAUGUGAUUACUACUGCAAUCAGUAUGAGAGCAAUUCAGAGAUCAAAUUGCUUCCAUAGAGAAGGACACAAGGCUUCGUGUGCAUAUGGAGAUAGUUUCUAUAUGAUGCUAUUUGGAGCAAUUCAAAUUAUGUGUUCCCAGAUACCCGAUUUCCAUAACAUGGCAUGGCUCUCCACUGUUGCAGCAAUCAUGUCCUUUUCCUACUCUUCCAUUGGAUUAGCUCUUGGCUUUGCUAAAGUGAUAGGAGAUGGAAGGAUCAAGGGGAGCAUUGGAGGAGCCCCAACAGCUACAGUGGCUAACAAAGUAUGGAAAGUCUCUCAAGCACUUGGAGACAUUGCAUUUUCCUACCCCUACUCCUUGAUUCUUAUUGAAAUACAGGAUACUCUGAAGUCGCCUCCACCAGAAAACCAGACCAUGAAGAAGGCCUCAAUGGCUGCAGUUCUCGUUACCACCUUCUUCUACCUUUGCUGUGGAUGCUUUGGGUAUGCAGCCUUUGGGAACCAGACACCAGGCAACAUGUUAACAGGAUUUGGAUUCUAUGAGCCUUACUGGCUUAUCGACUUUGCUAAUGCUUGCAUCGUUCUUCAUCUAGUUGGAGGAUAUCAGGUAUUCAGUCAGCCAGUUUUUGCAUUCACCGAGAGAUGGUUGUCCGAAAAGUUCCCAAACAAUGGGUUUGUGAACAAGUUUCACUCCAUAAAGAUCCCACUUUUACCAGCUUUUAGGAUGAAUCUGCUCAGAUUGUGCUUUAGAACUGCAUAUGUUUUAUCAACCACUGGACUUGCACUGCUCUUCCCAUACUUCAACCAGGUCUUGGGAGUUCUAGGUGCUCUAAACUUCUGGCCAUUGGCUAUAUAUUUCCCUGUGGAGAUGUACUUUGUUCAGAAGAGGAUAGAACCUUGGACAGAGAAGUGGGUUGUUCUUCGGACUUUCAGUGUUGUUUGCUUGGUUGUGACCAUGGUGGCCUUGGUUGGAUCUGUUGAAGGUCUAAUUAGUGCAAAACUAAGAUAAGAAGGAACCAACCAUUCCAGAACUAGGAAAGAAAGAAGCCAGUGAUGAGUGACCAUUCCAUUCAUGAAUUGAAGAGGUAAUACACACUUUAGUUAUGGUUCAAGCAGGAACUGAAUGUAGAUAAUGCUUACAGUGCACUGAAGUUAAACUAUGUUUUCUCUCCAAAAACUCAAUGUUCUGCCACCCACAAUUCCACCAGCAGCUAAUCAGCGGGUAAAAUAACCCAACAAAUUGUUAAUUGGAUUGUUAUCAGAGCAAUUUGAUUUUAAGGUUUGACUCGAUUAAUAAAGGAACAUUCUUCAAA